UUCCACUUGCCCCUCAUGGCGACCGGCCCGUGGCCAGGCAUCGGCGACGGCGGCGGCCUCUGGGCCCCGCCCCCCGCCCAGCUCGACGCCCUCUUCUCCGACGACCACCACCAGCCGCCGGCCGCAGCGGCGCUGGGCUUCUUCCGGGGCUCCCUCGCGCAGCUCCCGUCCCCUCCGUCGCUCCUCGGGUACCCGCCGCAGGACAACUUUGAUGUGUUCCAUGAACAAGACCUUGCACGGCUAGCAGCACAAGUGGCUCACAAGGCAGAGUUGCAGCAGCAACUUUCUAAGCACGGCAUGCUCGGUCGAGCGGAUGGAUCUUCUUUCCCGUUGGCAACUCCAAAGCUGGCAUCUCAGCAUGCCAGUUCCUCCGUAAUCGUGCCGACUCUGCCGUCACAUGCAGAUGGUAUCAACACUGGAUCGGCUGGAGUUUUACAAGCUCUCCAAGGUUCAUCCAUCACUCUGGAUAGGCCUGCUGAUGACGGAUACAAUUGGCGCAAGUAUGGACAGAAGGCAGUCAAGGGUGGGAAGUACCCGAGGAGCUACUACAAAUGCACCCUCAACUGUCCGGUCAGGAAAAAUGUGGAGCACUCUUUAGAUGGCCGGAUUAUUAAAAUUGUUUACAGAGGUCAGCACUGUCAUGAACGUCCCUCGAAGAGGUUCAAAGUUUGUGGCAGUUUACUGAACGAGUUAGAUUGUUUCAAUGACACUGAGGAUGCUUCAAGUAGAUCACAAUUUGACUGUCAAGGCUAUUAUGGAAAACCUAUAACAUCCAUUGGCACCAUGGGAGAUCCUUCAUUGCCAACAAAAGAAGAGGGAGAUGAGCAAUUCUCUGGUUCUGGUGAUAACCGGGAAGAAGGUGAUGAUGAAAUAGGAGCUGUUGAUGGAAUUGUUGGUGAUGCCAAUGCAAAUGAAAGGAAUGCACCAGGUCAAAAGAUCAUCGUGAGUACGACGAGUGAUGUCGAUCUGUUGGACGACGGCUACAGGUGGCGCAAGUAUGGACAAAAGGUUGUGCGGGGAAAUCCUCACCCAAGGAGCUAUUACAAGUGUACAUUCCAAGGCUGUGAUGUAAAGAAACACAUUGAGAGAUCUUCCCAGGAACCGCAUGCUGUGAUAACUACAUAUGAAGGGAAGCAUAUCCAUGAUGUGCCUGCGUCGAGGAACAGAGUCCAAGCUGCAAGUCAACCAUACUGCACAGAGGAGACUUACACAGACCAAACACCUGCUAACUUCUGCAGUAGCUCUGAAAAAAGAAACUAUGGAACGAUCACUCUAAACCAUCUUGCUUUCUAGCUUAAUGUGUUUUUACAUGCUUCAACGCCUAAACCAGUGGUUAACAAAUCAAUGAACCACAAUUCAAUUGGUUCUUCUGCUAUUGGUUCUCAGUCAUUACAAGAUCCUGUUAUCAUCUCUGUGUGCUUCCAAGACCUUUGCAUGCUCCGUUAUGCACCAUUGUUGCGCAUGUUCUGUCUGCUGCAACUAUUGUAAAUUCGCGACUCCAGUUGUUACUCUUAAAUUGUUUGCUGCAAGUGCUAUUUCAAAAGGAUACACACAAGUUGUAACUGCAAAACAUGGUGAUUGUACAUUGUCAGACAAUCUUACAUGACUGCAUUUUAAAACCUUCCAGU